CAUUUAAAGCUGUAACUACACACACAAAAAAAGCACUCUUGCAGUCAGGGCUGGGUCUGCUUGCUGCUUACAAGGAGAGGCACUCUUGUAUUCAUGGUGGUGCAGUGAUAACCUGAGCAUUUUUUUUUCUUUUCAUCCCUUUUCCCUUUGCUUUGCACACAAGGAAGGCUCAUGUCUUUCUUAUAGACAUGGAGAGCUUUGUGCACUUAAGGACUUUCCUUUUUCUGCUGGUCUCCAUUGCUCAGGUUUUGAUUGUUUCAUCUCAAACCAGCGGAGAUGACAUGAGCUGCACGGCAGAUGGCCAGGUGUACACAAACAAGGACAUCUGGAAGCCAGAGCCAUGCCGGAUCUGCGUUUGCGACAACGGCCAGGUCCUGUGCGAUGAAAUCCAGUGCGAUGAUCUGACCAACUGUGAGAAGAUAUACAUCCCAGACGGCGAGUGCUGCCCCGUGUGUCGGACUGACUCAUCGACCGGUGGCGGGACAGGAACUUUUGGUGGGGAUAAAAUUUAUAAGGGUCAGAAGGGAGAACCUGGAGAUGUUCCAAUUGUGACUGGGAUCAGAGGCCGCCCCGGACCUAUGGGACCUCCCGGCUCACCAGGACAAAGAGGACCACAUGGACCCAAAGGAAGGCCUGGAACACGGGGUCCUCAGGGUUACGAUGGCGAGCCUGGCGUACCGGGUCAGCCUGGAGAACCAGGACCUCCAGGACAUCCAUCACACCCAGGGGGUGUGGGAGCACAGAUGGCCGGAGUGACUGAUUCCAAAACAGGACCCAUGGCCAUGUUGAGUGGCUCCAGGGGAGAGGCUGGAACAAGAGGAGCUCCGGGGCCGAAUGGCUCACCUGGUCAAGCUGGACCACAAGGACCACCUGGGGAUGUUGGUGAUCCUGGACAUAUGGGUCCACCAGGGCAAAGGGGACCUGAGGGCCCUCCAGGGAAGCCAGGCGAAGAUGGAGAAUCAGGCAAAGCAGGAAACACUGGGGAAGUUGGAUUCCCCGGAUCAUCAGGGCCUAGAGGAUUCCCUGGGACACCUGGGCCUCCAGGCCUGAAGGGUCACAGAGGCCAUGGAGGACCACUGGGGCCAAAAGGUGAAACCGGAGCUGUUGGGUCCAAGGGUGCUACAGGGCCCAGUGGCCCACUGGGAGCACCCGGACCUAUGGGUCCUGCAGGGAUGCCGGGGGAGAGAGGACGCCCUGGACCAGGCGGUAUAGCGGGUAAGCGUGGUUCUCCUGGUAACGUCGGGAAACCUGGUCCAAUGGGCCCCUUGGGUAUUAGUGGCCCAUCUGGAUAUCCAGGUACCCCAGGAAUGAAGGGACAGCCUGGCCCCACAGGAGUCCGAGGUCCAGAGGGCCCACAGGGACAGAGAGGAGAGACCGGUCACCAGGGCAGAGUUGGACCUGUUGGCCUCGGGGGGCCCAUGGGAACAGAUGGAGGGCCAGGUUCCAAAGGACCAGUGGGUAAUCUUGGGCCGCAAGGUCCAGGCGGCCAUCCUGGACCCAGUGGCCCUCCGGGACCUCAGGGAAGCACUGGUCAGCCGGGUAUCAAAGGACAGCUGGGAGAUGUUGGUGUCGGUGGAUUUAAAGGAGAAGCUGGACCUAAAGGAGAACCAGGUCCACCUGGAUCCCAGGGAGUGAUUGGACCUCAGGGUGAGGAAGGAAAGCGAGGACUACGUGGAGACCCUGGCUCUGUUGGCCCUCCUGGUCCUGUUGGUGAAAGAGGAUCUCCUGGGAACAGAGGAUUCCCUGGUGCAGAUGGGCUGCCAGGACCUAAGGGUGCUCAAGGAGAUCGUGGAAUAUCAGGCCCACCAGGACCAAAAGGUUCUCUGGGAGACCUGGGACGUGCAGGAGAACCUGGUCUACCAGGUGCAAGGGGGCUUACUGGCACCCCUGGAGUCCAAGGUGCAGAGGGCAAGUCAGGACCACUGGGUGCCCCAGGUGAAGAUGGUCGCCCAGGUCCUACAGGGCCCAUUGGAAACAGAGGGCCUGCAGGAACCAUGGGAGUGCCAGGCCCCAAGGGCUUCAGUGGUGACCCAGGAAAGACAGGUGAACAGGGAUCUGCAGGAGUGCCAGGUCAAAGAGGUCCUCCAGGAAAAGAUGGAGAAGUUGGGCCUGCAGGACCCCCUGGUCCAUCAGGUGUUGCAGGAGACAGAGGAGAGCAGGGACCUCCAGGUGUAAAUGGAUUCCAGGGUUUGCCUGGAAAUCAAGGGCCUCCUGGAGAGUCUGGAAAACCAGGUGACCAAGGUAUUCCCGGAGAGCUGGGUCCCGUGGGUCAGAUUGGACCUCGGGGAGAGCGUGGAAUUCCUGGGGAGAGAGGAGAACUGGGCCCAACUGGUCUGCAGGGACCUAAAGGAAUUCCUGGUGCACCUGGUCCAGAUGGGCCAAAGGGUAGCCCUGGUCCCACCGGUGCUCUAGGUGAUCUGGGUCCUCCAGGUCUUCAGGGAAUGCCAGGAGAGAGGGGCAUCUCUGGUCCUCCUGGGCCCAAAGGUGAAAGAGGAGCAAUUGGUGAGAAAGGAUCUGAAGGUACACCCGGAAAUGAUGGCGCAAGAGGAGCUCCAGGUCCCGUUGGCCCACUAGGAUCUGCUGGACCCAGCGGUGAGAAGGGAGAACCUGGACCCAAAGGACCAGCUGGACCUCCAGGAUCCAGAGGAAUCCCUGGGUCAAGAGGUGACCCUGGCCCCAUUGGUGCUGUUGGAUUUUCCGGACCCCCUGGUCCUGAUGGCCAACCUGGAGUGAAGGGAGAGCCUGGAGAGCAAGGCCAGAAAGGAGAUGCAGGGUCUCCUGGACCACAGGGCUUGGCUGGUGCUCACGGACCUCCUGGUCCAGUUGGUGUUGCUGGACUGAAAGGAGGAAGAGGAACACAAGGAGCACCGGGCCCCACUGGUUUCCCUGGAUCUGCAGGAAGGGUUGGACCCCCUGGCCCACCUGGUCCAAUCGGAGAAGCCGGACCUCUGGGAGCUCCAGGAAAAGAAGGUCCUCCUGGACUCCGUGGAGAUCAUGGACCUCCUGGAAAACAAGGAGAACGUGGACCUCCAGGACCACCAGGUAGCCUAGGAGACAAAGGGGACCCUGGAGAGGAUGGCCCCACGGGUCCUAAUGGUCCUCCAGGACCAGCUGGAACUACAGGACAGAGAGGCAUUGUGGGUCUUCCUGGUCAGAGAGGAGAGCGUGGGCCGCCAGGUCUUCCAGGACCAGCGGGUCCCCCAGGAAAACAGGGAUCCACAGGCGCUUCUGGAGAUAAAGGCCCUCCGGGUCCAGUCGGUGUUCCUGGUGCUAAUGGACCUCGUGGUGAUCCUGGUCCUGAAGGUCCUGCAGGUUCGGAUGGCCCACCAGGAAAGGAUGGUGUUCUUGGACAAAGGGGAGACCGAGGAGAUCCUGGUCCAGAGGGCUUGGUUGGUCCUCAGGGACGUCCUGGACCUCCUGGUCCCGUCGGUGCCCCGGGCGAUGCUGGAAAGAGAGGAGAGCCUGGCUCAAGAGGACCGCCUGGACCACCUGGCUCAGCUGGAAAAAGAGGAUUAGUGGGACCCCAAGGACCAAGGGGAGAUAAAGGUGACCUGGGCGAUCAUGGAGAGAGAGGCCAGAAGGGACACAGAGGCUUCACUGGUUUACAGGGUCUCCCUGGACCUCCAGGCACAACUGGUGAGCAGGGAGCUCCAGGAAUCGUUGGACCCGGUGGCCCGAGGGGACCUCCUGGACCUAUUGGGCCUCCUGGAAAGGAAGGAUACAUAGGACUGCCUGGGCCAAUGGGACCUCCAGGAACUCGUGGGAUCACUGGAGAAGUUGGACCAGAGGGACCUCCAGGAGAACCUGGACCCCCUGGUCCUCCAGGCCCUCCAGGACGUCCCAUGGCGGCCGUGGACGACCUCUUCGGCGGCCCCCAGGAUUACGACUCUGGGCCGCCUCCUCCUGAGUUCAGCGAGGACGAGGCUCUGCCCAACAGCAACGCCUCCACCAUAGUGCCCGUCGACCCCGGCGUUCAGGCCACCCUGAAAGCCCUCAAGAGCCAGAUCGACAGCAUGAAGAGCCCAGACGGCAGCAAGAAACAUCCUGCCAGGACCUGCGAUGACCUGAAGAGGUGCUACCCCAUGAAGAAGAGCGGUGAGUACUGGGUGGAUCCAAACCAAGGCAGUGCAGAGGAUGCCAUUCAAGUGCACUGCAACAUGGACAGCGGAGAGACCUGCAUCUCCGCCAACCCGUCCAGCAUACCUCGUAAAGUGUGGUGGACCUCUUCCAGGAACAAACCUGUGUGGUUUGGAGCUGACAUCAACAGUGGAACACAUUUUGCUUAUGGCAACAAAGAUCAGCCAGGAAACACUGUCGCAGUGCAGAUGACCUUCAUCCGCCUGCUGUCCAAAGAGGCUUCCCAGACCAUCACUUACCACUGUAAGAACUCCGUGGGCUACAUGGACGACAAGACGGGCAACUUGAAGAAAGCUGUGAUCCUCAAAGGCUCCAAUGACCUGGAGCUCAAAGCAGAGGGAAACAACCGGUUCAGAUACACAGUGGUGGAGGACUCCUGCUCACAAGCAAAUGGCAACUGGGGGAAGACUGUGUUUGAGUACAGGACACAGAAAACAGCAAGACUUCCUAUUGUGGAUAUUGCCCCUGUGGACAUUGGUGGCCGGGAUCAAGAGUUCGGCAUCGAGAUCGGGCCCGUGUGCUUCUUGUAAAGGCGUCAGCAGGGAGGUGUCGAGGAGAACCCCGAGACUGUUGAACUGACAGCUGACACGAUCAGCCACGUUGUACAUACGAGUAGCGAGGACUAUUGUGGCUCUGUGGCAAGAUAUUUAUUGUGCUUUUUGACCCAGUUCAAGACAGCGAAGAUUUGUUUUGGAAUUCACAUGAAAAAUUGGUAAAAAUCCGACUGGUUCCUCUGUCAGCUUCUGUAUGUUUGACUUCAAGCUUUGUGCAUUUCGAGGUCCAAAGAUGUUACCCUGUAAUUUUGCCAAAGAACAUAAAAGCUUUAAAGUAUCUCUUAUGACUGCUGUUCAUGAGGCCAGAACAUUUCCUCUGAAGCUACGUCAUAUGUCCCACCACUACUAAUUUUUAAAGACUUCUUUAUAAUUUUUUAACUUCAUUGUCUAAUGUAAAACAUCUUUGUGGUGCUAUUGAGGAAACAAAUGCAAAUACGUAUUUUCUCAUGACAGUUCCGAUGAACUGAUGUCUGUAUCCACUCACUCUGUACCAAGCACGUAGAACAUUAAAGCCGCUUUGAGACUGUGUUCAGUGUUAGCUACCUCGUCAGCGGAACUGAGAAAAUGAUGACACUAUGUGUAAAUCCUUUGUUUCACACAGGUGCUGUUUUGUAAGUAGUGUGAUCUUUGUGCACUUCUCCCGGCUGCGCGGUGCAGGGCAGGGUUUGGGGAAGCUAAUAAAGAUCUCUCUGUCAACAAUGAGUAGAUGAAUGAGGUGUCACGUGAGUGGUGUGUGGUGAUUUGUAACUUUUUUUUCCCCCCUCCCCUUCAAAUACAUUUAUGGUACAGUUAAAAAAAAAAGUAGCACAGAAUAUUCUAUUUUUAUGCAUGUCAGCUCCCCCUUUGCAGUAUCCUGGACUUAUAUGCUCUUGAAAUUCUUUUUUUAUACUCGGGUUUUAUAGAAUAAGGCGGCUGUGAGUGCCUGUUUGCUUUGUAUUCUUUUCUUUUUAAAAUUUUUUUUUGCUAUGCAACAAAUUAAACUAAAUGCUUGUUAAUCCCCCUAAGCUCUUGUCAUAUUAAUUCAGGUAUAGUUAGGCCCUUUAAGUUGGCCAUUUUUGCACCUAAAUUAAUUUUUAGUUUAAUUUACUUGACAGCAUUUCAUACAGUGUUUCCUUUGUUAACAGUUCCUUGUACAUUUUUUCCUGUGCUUUCAAGUAACUCCCUUGUGACCAUUUGGUUUAAAUUUGAGUAUAUUUAUUAUAGAUUUGUUAAAAUUAUGCAAGGCUUGACUGCCUGCAAACACCCCCAAGGCAGGGAGGAGGAGGAAGAUGGGGCGGGGGGGUUCCACACUGGAAGCA